AUGGCAGUUAUGACCGAUCCCAAAGCACUGAUUACCUUGAUGAAGCGCGCUAUUCCGAAACUGUCUUACGAACUUCACAAAGGGCAGUGCGGACGAAUCGGGGUUUUGGGUGGUUCGGAAGAGUAUACAGGGGCGCCGUAUUUUGCCGGAAUUUCGGCUUUGAAAACGGGCGCCGAUCUUGUGCACAUCAUAUGCCCCCCUGAAGCCUCACUCGUCAUUAAAUCUUACAGCCCGGAGCUGAUUGUGCAUCCGAUUGUACGGAGUGAUUUCGGAUCGGAUGAGGCGAAGCAACUGCUGGAGCGUAUUAACGUAUUGAUCCUGGGACCUGGUCUUGGUCGUAGGUUCGAAACAAUGACCCAGUUUUCUUUAUGGCUCAAGUCAGCGAGGGAAAUGAACCUUCCUAUGGUUAUUGAUGCGGACGGACUUUACUUUCUUACGAAGUUGCCUAAUCUCAUUCAAGGUUGCAAAAAUGCCAUACUGACACCGAACGUGGUCGAAUUCCGUCAUCUUUAUUCUUCAGUUAUGUCGGCUGAACCAUCUGAAGAAGAUGCAAUAUUGAAUGUGCAAAUGUUGAGCGAAAAGUUAGGAAACGUAACGGUGGUGAGAAAGGGCAAAAGUGACAUCAUAUCCAAUGGUCAUGUCGCUGUAACAUGCGACUUGAAGGAUGCUCCAAGACGUUGCGGUGGACAGGGUGAUCUGCUUUCUGGCUCGUUGGGAACCUUUCUGUAUUGGUCAGAUCUCCUGGGGCGGUGUUCCGGCGAAAUCGACCACCAACCAGUGACUGGCAACACAUCGUUGAUUUCUACUAUUGCCGCUUCUUACGCCGCCUGUUCCCUCACUAGAACCUGUGGCAGUAUGGCGUACGAAACUUAUGGCCGCUCAUUGAUCACGACGAACCUAAUAGAACGUAUUCACGACGCGUUCACUCAACUUUUUGAAUAA